CCUGUAGAUGAGAAAUGGCUUUUUCUGCAUGACUAUGGUAUUCAGGAGGUCUGAACUGUGUCAGGAAACUCAUCGCUGAAGUGUCCUUGGGAAGCUACAGAUCCAUUCGCAGCUGCUUAGCAUAGGUGCCUCCUGAAUUCUCACUAUGUCUGAUGGGGACUAUGAUUACCUCAUAAAAUUUCUAGCUCUCGGCGAUUCCGGAGUGGGCAAGACCAGCCUUCUCUAUCAGUACACCGAUGGCAAAUUCAACUCCAAGUUUAUCACAACGGUGGGCAUUGACUUCCGGGAAAAGAGAGUGGUGUAUAGACCCAAUGGGCCAGAUGGUGUUGGUGGCAGAGGACAGAGGAUACACCUUCAGCUCUGGGACACUGCAGGGCAGGAAAGGUUUCGUAGCUUGACAACGGCUUUUUUCAGAGAUGCCAUGGGGUUUCUUCUGCUCUUUGAUCUGACAAAUGAGCAAAGCUUUCUGAACGUCAGGAACUGGAUAAGUCAGCUGCAAAUGCAUGCCUAUUGUGAGAACCCUGACAUCGUGCUGUGUGGAAACAAGAGUGAUCUGGAAGACCAAAGGAUGGUGAAAGAAGAAGAGGCUAAGGAACUUGCAGAAAAAUAUGGAAUACCAUAUUUUGAAACCAGUGCAGCUAAUGGGAAUAAUGUAAGCAAAGCCAUUGAAACUCUGCUUGACCUCAUUAUGAAGCGCAUGGAACGGUGUGUGGAUAAAUCCUGGAUCCCCGAAGGGGUCGUGCGCUCCAACGGGCACAGCUCCACAGAACAACUGCAUGAGGAGCAAGAAAAAGGCAGAUGUGGCUGUUAGCUCAGUUGCAAUUAAGUUUAAUAUGUAUGAUAAAGUAUAGUACAGUUGCAGCUUAACUGUUUAACUUAUGGACAAAUCACAUUGUGUAGUUAUUUAAUGAG